UAGGUGGGCUUUUGUCUCCGUGAAUACACUUUACACUGCAAACUAGUUGCACCCAUGUCUGGAUGUGAGCAAAAAUAGGUGCUAAUAUAAUUAAAUUAUCUGGGAGUGAAGUGACAGUAGCCGUCUAGAUUGCCCUAUUAAAGGUUGUGUUAGGAAGUGAUAAAUCAUCGCUUCAGUGGUAUCUUACAGGGAGAAGUUAAAGUUCUCAAAUCCAUGGAAAAGGGCAACGGGAGGUCAUCGCAUGUAAAUAGUAUUUAUGUAGGGGGUUCAGGGAGAUUCAGCCUGAAUAGUCUACCAAGGGGAGUGGCUGGAAAGCAGUAAAUCACCGCUUGAGUGCUGGCUUGUGUGUCUCUCAGAACUGCGUCUGCAGCUGCUGAGCUGUUGCACGCAGCAUACAGAGCUCUAGGCUGCUCAAUUAGAACUUCAAAAGACUAGAAGAAUUCUGUUCAGUCAGAGUGGUUCUGGUUUAGCUGUGAGAUCUGACUGAGAGCUGCCAGUGUCUGUCUGCCUUCCCGAACCGCUCUGGCUCCGAGAUGAAGGGUAUGCUGCACUGAUCUGAAAGUGUGCGAGUACUCUUCAGAGAGAGCUGAGAAUGAUAGCUGCUGGAAAACUUUCAAGUCUCCCCAGAAAUAUACAGAUGAACCAUCAGUUCUCACUGGCUUCUUCUAUGGAUCUUUUGAGCAGCAAACCUCCUCUGACCGAGCAUCGCUUAGACUCCUAUCAAGAUGUUUCUAUCCAUGGCACUCUCCCUAGGAAGAAAAAGGGGACCAUUCCCAUUAGAUCUUGUGAUAUGUUUAGCCAUAUGGGAACCCUGCCGUUCUCCAGAACACAUAGGCAGCAGUCACCUUUGAUUCAAGAUGUCCUAGAGGAGUAUCCCCUGCAAGACAGGAAGAGUGAGAAACUCCACUUCAGAGGUCAGAAUAUCCUGGAUCCAGCUAUGGAAUAUGUGAAGUUUUCUAAAGAGAGGCAGGUUAUGGACAACACCCCAGAAAAGCUGAAGAAAGAGUUAGAGGAAGAGCUGCAGUUGAGCAGCGAAGACUUACGUAGCCAUGCUUGGUACCAUGGACGCAUUCCUCGGCAGGUGGCAGAAAGCCUAGUUCAGAGAGAUGGAGAUUUCCUGAUUAGGGAUUCUCUCUCCAGUCCUGGAAACUUUGUUCUUACCUGUCAGUGGAAAAACAUCUCUCAACAUUUCAAAAUCAACAGAACAGUCCUCAGACUCAAUGAAGCCUACUGCCGUGUUCAGUAUCAGUUCGAACUUGAAAGUUUCGACAGCAUCCCUGGGUUAGUGAGAUGUUAUGUGGGGAAUCGCAGGCCAAUAUCAAAGCAGAGUGGAGCAAUUAUUUUUCAGCCUAUCAACCGGACCGUGCCACUGAGGUGUCUAGAGGAAAAGUACGGAGUAUCUCCAGUUCGACAAAGAGAAUGCAAUAUCACUGAAGGAAAAACAGAGACUGCAAUAAGGCUCAGUAUAUGCGGCGUGCAGUCCGAGGAGCACAGCUUAACCAGAGGAAAUUUUUUAAGAAACAAAGAAAAAAGUGGUAGCCAGCCAGCUAGUUUGGAUCACGUCCAGGAGAAAAGAUUCUCCCUAAAGGCUCACCAGUCAGAAAGCUACCUGCCAAUAGGUUCAAGGCAUCCAUCCCAGUUACCUGAAGUAGAUACAAGCCCAUGUUCAAAUUUCCCUGCAUUUAGAACAGGCAGUGAACCUACUCUAAGCCCCACAGUAGUUCAGAGGAUCGCUUCCGAGUCGCCAGUAGGAGAAGCUCUUAGAGGAUCGGACAGCCAGCUCUGUCCCAAGCCUCCGCCUAAACCCAACAAAGUGCCCUUGCUGGGGCAACCUCAGUCUCCUUUAGCUUGGCACAGUUCAGAGGCACACUACUGUGAAUUAAACCCUGCCACUUCCAUAGACUGUGGAGCAACACAGCAACCUCUGUCUCAGAAGAGCAGCUAUGUGGAGCAUCUGAUAGCUAAAGAGAAUGGAUUGCUCUCAUUCAGGAACUCUGAAACAAGUUAUCUGAUCCAUGAAGAUGAUGCCUUACAGAGCUCAAUGGAUCCAUUAGCAGCUUGGACUGAGAUGGCUGAAGAAGGCAGCAUGUUUGUAGCACCUGUUCUUGAGACAGUAUCCAGUUUUAAACCAAAUGAUUUUGAAUCCAAACUUCUUCCUCCUGAAAACAAGCCACUUGAAACACCAAUGUUAAAAAGAGUUAAGGAGCUAUUCACCAACAGUAAUCCAAAGAUUAUUGCCCGGCAUAUGCUUAGAAUGGACUGCAAGGUUGCUAGGAUACUAGAGGUCUCUGAAGAGAUGAGGAGGCGGAUGGGAGUGAGCUCAGGUCUGGAGCUCAUUACAUUGCCCUAUGGACACCAGUUGCGCUUGGACAUAAUUGAAAGACACAACACCAUGGCAAUCGGAAUAGCUGUGGAUAUUUUGGGCUGCACAGGAAACUUAGAAGAGAGGGCUGCAACAUUAAACAGGAUCAUCCAGGUAGCCAUGGAACUGAAGGACUCCCUGGGGGAUUUGUAUGCAUUCUCUGCUAUCAUGAAAGCACUUGAAAUGCCACAGAUCGCAAGGUUGGAACAAACAUGGGUGACUUUACGGCACCACUACACCCAAACUGCCGUUACUUACGAAAAGCAGUUGAAGCCGUUCAGCAAAGCUCUGCAUGAAGGCAGAGAGUCCGUGUGCGCUCCCCAAAACAACAUAACCGUGCCCCUGCUGAUGCCCUCGGUUACCUUGAUGGAGCGACAGAUUGUCAUUUUUGAUGGGAUGGACCUGUGGGAAAACACCGACCAAAGCUGUGAAAUAAUGCUCAAGCAUUUAGCCACAGCCCGUUUUAUAGCACAAAAUGCUGACAUGUACCGAAUGACUGCGGAAAAGAUACUGGAAGGUUUUCAGCCAGAUGAUGAGAUGAGUGAAAUCUUCAAGACAGAAUUUCAAAUGAGAUUGUUAUGGGGCAGCAAAGGAGCACAAGUUAAUCAGAGAGAGAGAUACGAGAAAUUCAACCAGAUUUUAACUGCACUCUCCCGAAAAUUAGAACCUCCUCCAGUGAAACAGGUAGAGCAAUGAAAUAUCAAAUGGACCCUUAAGAUAUGAUUACUUCAAGUUUGCCAUUUAAAAGAAAUUGCCCAUUUGUCACUGUACAAGCUUCUAGCAUUCACAGGAUCUUUAGGACUUGUAAAUUGCACAAUGCACAUUUAUGAAUUGUUUAAAAGCUACUGAUUUCUAAAUGAAUAAUUUAUUUAUUAAUAUGUAACCAUGUCAUUUUAAUGAUUUCUUGAACAGUCAAAUUUAAGAUAGUCUGCAUAAUGUAUUCUUGUGAUUUACAAAAGUGUCUAUUGAUGUCUACUAGUCAUUACUAUUGGUGUUUUACUUAAUGUUAUCAAUAAUGAAACAGUGUACUGUAAAUAAAAAACGAUAGGUAUUUUAGAAAAUAUCAGUUGUAUGAUAUUCCUUAAUGAAUAUGAACCUGUACAUAGUUGUGAAUUAAAAUAUAUCUUUGUGAAAUACUGUACAGUGGGUCAUUGUACACUAUAAUCACAGGAACUAAUGUGAUCGGUUAAGAAAAUGUCCUUCUUAUACUGUCCUGGCGAGGGGGGAAGAAAGGGCUGAGACUGUAGUGGAACAGAAAAUUAACUAGUUGAUUAGGGUAGAGUUUGAUAUAUUCUUUCACCAAGGUACAUAGCACCCAUGAGCUGAUACCAUUUGUCUCCCAGGAAAAUAGUAUUUAGAAGUUACUCUGGACUUUGUAAUGCACAAGUUACUAUUCAGGAGUGUUCUGGUUUGUUGUUCAGGCUCCAGUACAAACUAUGCCAUGUGUGCUGGAAAUGAGUGGGGGGGAAAACCCCAAACAAGGGGAUGAGAAGAACAAAUAGCUAAGCAAUCAAGAUCAUUAAAAUGUCUUCAGCUUCACCAUCAGCUAGAGGUUUGCACCUGUAUCUCAGGUCUUCUCCAGCAAACAGGAGGAAACAGAGGUUAGUAAGUAGUAGCUAGAUUAAUCUAUCAAUCAAUCUUUGCUGUAUAGAAUUAAGAGGAGCUGUAUAAUCUGAUGGCAAAGUGUGGUGGAGUUCAAGUCUUUGAGGAACUAGUCAUGGAGAUACUAGAAAAGCUCACCUGUAAUAAACCAACAUUGGAUGGUAUUUUAUGAAAUAGGGGAGACAGCAAAUUAGAGUCGGUGCAGCUGUGGCUGCAAUGUAGAUCGUGGCUGCUAAUGGGUUUUUCUUAACUUUUUUUUAAAUUGAUAAACUCUUGAAAGGGCUUACUCAGAAGCCUCAUCUCCAUUGUAAGAGUAGUAUACCUCUGCCAUAUUUUAUAGCAAUAUCUAUAAUGGUCAAAUGAAAUCAGCUUUCUACAAGAGAAACCAUCUCUAGUGCUUUACGAUUAUUUCAGGAAGUUCAAAUAGUAGAUAAAAAUACAGUCAGUCAAAUUUAAUUUACUUGGAUUUUCAUUAGGACCCCCAUAAGCAAUCAAGAAAAAUAAAUAACCACAGCCUCAGUGACAAAAGUUAUGAUGCUGAUUAAAAUCUUACACUGAACUAGAAAUGUCUCUGCCCACUGAAGUGUGUGGUUAUUUCUCAGUUACACAAAUCCCUGCACUCAAGUUAGCUAGGUGAUUUUAUUACUGUUGGCUGUAGUUAAUUAUGCAAAUACCCAAAUAAUUGUGGGGGGGAGGGGGAGGGAGAGGAAUCCACAUGGGGACUAAGGAGGAAAAGCAAACUAAUAACUGAGGUUAUUACAUGGAAAUCACCCCUGUGCUCCUCCAGGGCCACACUUAAAUAUAAACAAAGCUCAAUGCAGUUUUGGACCUCACGCUAUACGAGUCAUAAACUGGCCCUCUCCUCCACUGAGACCAGAGACCUACCUGGCACACUAACUGUCUCCACUUGCGAAAGAACGCAAGUUAAUGACCUUUUUGGCAUUUUAAAUGAUAGGCCCAAAAGCCAGAUCUCUAAGUAAACAAUUAGAAACAAAGCGAUAAUGAAUUACUGUAGUGUGAGGGAGGCAUUAAUAUGAUUAUGGUAGAUUGUUUACUUGUGGAUGGCUAGCUAGAAGAAUUGCACUAAUGUCUCAAUGCGUGUAAAAACUUAAAAAUCCCUCCUGCAGAGGGGGAGAACAAAUAUUCCUGUGCAUUGACUUUGAAAGUAAUUGAGAUACCCUUGAGGCAUAUCCUUAGAUUGAGCAAUCUAUUUUAGCAAAGAAACACACCUCAUCCUGCACAGAUUUUAAUCUGGCCCAUCAAAUGGCAAACUCAUGCUUUAAUCCGUUGGGAAGGCCUGAUACAGCCACAUUUAAAAAAAGGUGAAACAAGCCUAUGUUCAAGACAGGUUUACUAUUGGCACCAUAACCUCAUAAUAUAUUCACAGCGGGUGUUUCUUGUGGCUAUAGUUUUAUUUAUAUAACAAUCUGUAUUUGAAAGUUACACAUCACAAGAGUCACUUUGUGGCAUAUAGAGUCACUGCCCUGUAUAUAUAUUUCAGCAACUCAGAGCCAGAUUCGGCCACUUUUGUUCCUCAUGCCACAAGUAGGCCUAAUGAAGUCACUGCAACGUACCACUCUAAGUACAUAAGGGUGAUAUAAUGUGGCCCUCUAUUAAUGGAUCAGUAUAAAAAAUUUGAUGUACAGGGAUGGUUUUGUAACAGAAGACAAAAAGGAAGCUAUCUUGACCAUGAAAAGUUUUUAUUCCAUUAAAAUAUUCUCAACAGAGAACACUAUUUUUAAACAAAGCAUUUAACAUUUAAGAAAUCAACAUGUGCACAAAAAAGAUUAAAAAUUACUGGAAAAUGUAAGAUUAAGACAAUUCAUGUUCAAAAUUUCAGAAUGAGUUAGAACUAGCUGUGCAAGUACAAAUUUUCCCCCUAUAUUUAAUAACCCUCAUACAGGUUGCACUAUCCCUCAUGAAAGCAAUUUGCCUCCAAAGGAAGCAAAUUCCACUUUUAGAAAAACAAACAGUAGCAUGAAAAGAACAGUUAGUUCUUUACCAGGAAGUGUUACCAGUGACCUCUGAGGCUUCUAGCCAAGUCAACCAAAGGCUUCUUAGCCAAAAUAUCAGCUCACAUUUCCACCUCUUCUCUAACUUUAAAAUAAAAAAGCACUGUUUAAAAAAAAACUACAUUAUGUAGUUUGUCAGUAUUGAGUAAUGUCACCUUAUAUAAAUAACCCUGUAUACAAUAUCCAAAAAUCUAAACUUGAGUUUAAUAGCUCCCAAAUGUAAUACACUAGGUCAGCUGUGUAAUAGUGGUAUACAUAACAAAGGAAUACACUUCCACACAAGAAAUCACUCAGAUUUAGUAUUACUGGUAGUACAAUUUCUAACAACACUGAAUUUUUCAUUUAAAAAAAAAAAAAAAAAAAUCCAGCACUGCUGUGUCCAAGUAUUGCUUCAAACCCUGU